CAAGAUGGCGCUACCCUCGGAAAACGCGCUCGCGAAGAGGAAGAGACUAGCCCGCAACGCGACGUUCCCGUCAAGGACGAGUCGGACGACGACGACGACGUCGGACCUAUGCCCCAGCCUGCGGGAGACGGCGCGGUAAAGAAGAAACGCAAGGUACUUCCGCACGAGAAGUUAUACUUGGAACACCUCCCUAGCGCAGACAGAUACUAUAAAAGUUUCAUGCACAGAGAGGUCAUAAACUUCUGUGUAAUGACGAAAACCGAAUUCCUCAUUACGACCUCCGUGGACGGGCAUUUGAAGUUUUGGAAGAAGCAAGAGUCGGGAAUCGAGUUCGUAAAGCACUACCGCGCCCACCUUACGCAGAUCGUGGCCGUGUCUGCCAGUGUGGAUGGUCAGCUCUUUGCGAGCGCAGCCGACGAUGGUAGCGUGAAAGUUUUCGACGUGGGGAACUUCGACAUGAUCAACAUGAUAAAUCUGCCCUACAUCCCGCAUGCGUGCUGCUGGGUGCAUCGACGUGGCCAAGCUCAAGGUCUGCUAGCAGUAUCUGAACAGAACUCAGGCAUUGUCCGUAUAUACGAUGGCAGAGGCGACGGAACGCCCCUCGAGACCCUGGAUAAACUGCACCGCUUCCCCGUUCAUGUGAUGACUUACAACGACCGAUAUGACACGGUCAUCUCAGCAGAUGAGGAAGGUUUCGUCGAAUACUGGAGGCCGUCUGAACCCUUUGAGCCUCCCAAGAGCGUUCCCGGACUCUGGUCUUUCAAAAGCUCUACCGAUCUCUACGAGUUCAAGAAGUCCAAGUCAACUCCUACUUGUAUCACACUUUCCCCGGACAUGAACUCGUUUGCCACUUUCUCCCUACCAGACCGUCAAAUUAGGAUAUUCUCCUUCCUGUCGGGCAAGCUCACACGCAAAUACGAUGAGUCUCUGACAGCUAUCCAAGAGAUGCAGCAAGCAGGGACGGCGGUUUACAAGGUGGAAGACAUGGAGUUUGGACGGAGGUUGGCAGUCGAGAAGGAACUGGACUUACCGGGCCCCGAUGGCAAGAUCCCUGGGAGAUGGAUCAACGUCGUAUGGGACGAAAGUGGUGCAAUGCUGCUGUACCCGACGUUGCUCGGAAUCAAAGUGGUCAACACAGUGACAAAUCGUGUAGUACGCCUGCUAGGCAAGGAUGAGACUGUGCGAUGGAUGAAUCUCGCAUUGUAUCAAGGUGCACCCGCAAAGAAAGGUCUCACGACAACGGCGAUGGCUGCCUCUGCCAACCCACUCCUUGCAGAGAAAGGAGUUCGUGACCCUACCUUGUUCUGCACUGGCUACAAGCGCCAGAGAUUCUAUAUCUUCAGCCGAUCAGAGCCUGAGGAUGAGAAGUCGGACGAUCGUGACGUCUUUAACGAGAAGCCCACCAGAGACGAGCUCACUAUCGCUUCCAACGCUCCUGCUGCUCGCAACGGACCUUCGCCCCUGGCGAACAGUGCCACCAUCCACACAACUCUCGGUGAUAUCCACAUUCGUUUGUUCCCACAACAAGCGCCAAAAGCGGUGGAGAACUUCGUCGGACACUCCAGGAGUGGCUAUUUCGAAGGCGUCAUCUUCCAUCGUGUGAUACCCAAAUUCAUGAUUCAGACUGGCGACCCGCUUGGAGAUGGUACAGGUGGAACGAGUAUAUGGGGACACGAGUUCGAGGACGAAUUUUCUGACGAUCUCAAGCAUGACAGACCUUACGCAGUUAGUAUGGCCAACGCGGGUCCAGGGACGAAUGGAUCACAGUUCUUCAUCACUACGAACGCCACGCCUUGGUUGGACAGGAAGCAUACAAUAUUCGGACGCGUGCUCUCCGGUAUGGAGACCGUUCAUGCCAUUGAGAACGUUAAGACCAACAAACUAGACAAACCCUACGAGGACAUCAAAAUUAUCAACAUCGAUGUCGAAUAAUACUAUGUAAUAGGAACAUAAUUUC